AUGCCUGAAAAACAACAGUUUGAACCCCCCUCUGCACAUUUAUCUGCUUUGCAUGUGCUGGAAGCAUCAAGCACAAGGCGGUUCCUGGACUGUGAAAGGGUGAAAGCUGCUGGAAUUCAGAAGUUGCCCUUCCUCCUCCUCCAGAAGAUAGUGAUUUCCAGGAAGGUGCUGCUGGCAUCUCUUGUCUGCCUGGCUGCUGUUGCUGCAGUUAUCUGGGCUCUGGCUGGGAGUGGAAAAGUGCAUUACCUGCCCUACUACCUUCCCUGCCCUGAAAUCUUCUCCACAAAACUCCAAUAUACAGAAAAGAAGCCAAUCCAGCUUUUCCCCCAAUUAUUUUAUCUGCAGCCAAGAGCGCUGGCGCCAAAGCGCCAGGAUGUGCUGACAGUCACACCAUGGCUGGUCCCCAUCAUCUGGGAAGGGACCUUUGAUGCUGAGGUCCUGGACAGUGCCUGCAGACCCCUGAGCCUCACCAUGGGGGUGGCAGCCUUUGCUGUGGGAAAGCAGGGGCAGCACUCAGUGGGCACUCAGUCCUUGGGAAGGCCACAGCAAGGCCCUCCUUGUCCCUGCUGUGCCCCACGGGCUGUGUGUGUGCUCGGGUAUUUUUGCUACGGAGGGGCCGUGUUUGGAGGCUCGGUGGAGAAAGUCUGUGAGUUCACCAAGAUGUGCCACAAUGCCGUCCUGGCAGCCUGGCAGGAGGAGAGUCACCUCAACAGGCACUUUGUGUCCCACAAACCCUCCAAGCUGCUUUCUCCAGAGUAAAUAUGGGGUGUCAGGAAGCCAAAGCCACCCCACAUCCGCCUCGUACGUUUUUCCAUGGUGAAUAAAAACUACAAAGAGGUCAGAAACUGA